GGGUUGGUUUCUCAGCUCGGUGCAAGCAGAUUAAGCCAGCUCCUCGGUGGACAAGAUCGUCACCCCCAAGAAACAUGGUUCACCUUUUGCGUGAGGGCCAACGCUCCAGGAUCCCCACACGCGUAGGAUGGCGAGAACCGCUUCCUGCCUGCUGUGCGCUCGCUCGGUCUCUAGCUUUUCUGCAUUAGAGGCUCUCCUUACUGCUUGCCAUGCACUCUGCUUCCGGGACGUCCAGAGUCUUCUGCUCAGAAACAAAGGCAUUUUAAAAAGAGAUGUCAAUCUCUGUGAAAACAAAGCCCUCUAUAUUCAUGUGUGCGCCAAUUUCCUACGUUUUGUGAAGAAAAACAAAAUGGGGACAACACUCUGCGGACGCUAAGGGAUGACCCAGGUGGUCCCUGGGGAUUCCUCAUCAGCAUUCUGUGAUAAUAAGAACGUGGACUUCUGCUCGUUAAAAUCCACUGACCUUUGUGGCUAACUACCAGGAGGCUGGAUUCUGACUUCCAACCAUCGAUAUCUUUGUGGAAGUUGGUGUACAUCCACCCUUUAAAAGCACCGAUGAAUGAAUCAGAACUUUUGAAAGCAAAGAAAAAUGCACACGUUUUAGUAAAAAAGAAUGAGAUGUUAAAAACAAACUGGAAGGAGGCAAGACUUACCUUGCUAUUUACCUUCUAAGAACAAAUGUCGUUGCCACCUUAAGAGGAGAAGAUGAACAGCACCUGUAUUGCAGAACAGCACGACCUGGAUCACUAUUUGUUUCCGGUUGUUUAUAUCUUUGUGGUCAUAGCCAGUGUCCCAGCCAACAUCGGAUCUCUAUGUGUGUCUUUUCUGCAAGCAAAGAAGGAGAAUGAGCUAGGAAUUUACCUCUUCAGUUUAUCACUCUCAGAUCUGCUCUACACAUUAACUCUCCCUCUCUGGAUUGAUUACACUUGGAAUAAUGACAACUGGACUUUCUCUCCUGCCUUGUGCAAGGCGAGCGCUUUCUUCAUGUACAUGAACUUUUACAGCAGCACGGCCUUCCUCACCUGCAUCGCCGUUGAUCGGUACUUAGCAGUGGUCCACCCUUUGAGGUUUUCUUUUCUAAGGACGAGAAGAUUUGCCUUCAUGGUCAGCCUAUCCAUCUGGGUAUUGGAAACCAUGUUCAAUGGUGUCAUCCUGUGGGAAGACGAAACGACCAUAGAGUAUUGUGAUCCGCAAAAGUCGAAUUUUACUUUAUGCUACGACAAGUACCCCCUGGAGAAGUGGCAAAUUCGUUUCAACUUCUUUAGGACGUGUACAGGCUACGCAAUACCGUUGGUCAUUAUCAUGAUUUGCAACCAGAAGGUCUACCAAGCUGUGCAGCAUAAUCAAGCCACGGAAAACAGUGAAAAGAAGAGAAUCAUAAAACUCCUUGUUAGUAUCACAUUGACUUUUGUCUUGUGUUUUACUCCCUUUCAUGUGAUGUUGCUGAUUCGCAGCAUCUUAGAGCAUGAUGUGAACUUCAGUGAACCUGUCUUUAACCACCACAAAUCUGGGAGGCAGACUUAUAAAAUGUAUAGAAUCACGGUUGCAUUAACAAGUUUAAAUUGUGUCGCAGAUCCAAUUCUGUACUGUUUUGUAACUGAGACGGGAAGAUCUGAUAUGUGGAAUAUAUUAAAAUGCUGUAUGGGGAAGCUUAAUAACUCAAAAGGACAAAGGAAAAGCAUACUUUCUAUGUCUACCAGAGACACUGUGGAAUUAGAAAUCCUGGAAUAGAAGCAAAGAAUUUUUUUUAAGGUACACGGUAUCAUAUCAUCAAGAUUAUAUUUUGAAGAGGAAAUCAAGCAUGGGUGGGGGUGAAGUGUUCCAAUUGAAUAUUUUAAUCCUCUUCAAUGGAAAUCUUUUAGAAGUGUACUGUAUGGUUCCCUGACUGUCAUUAAAUUGAAUAUUAAAUAAAAUUUAAUAUUCUUCUAA